CCUCUACCGCAGCUCCCUCAUCAAUCAAUCCCCGCCGCCCUUGCAACCAGUUGCCGUCUCCGCGGGAAACAUCACUCCCGCUGGAGAGCAAUCGGAAUCGGGUCGAGCAGUAGUAGGCGGCAAGAAAUCGGAUCGGAAGCGUUACCGAUUCCGAUUCAAAUCAAGACAAUAGCUGCCGCCGCCGUCGCCUACAUAUAUUUGCAAUUGGUAAUCAAUUGAUCCAUCCAUCGAUCCCAUUGCGUUGCUGCUCCACUCAUUCCAGCGAUAGAUCCGGCCGGCCAGACGGCCGUCUUCAAUUCUGCGAGCUCCUUUUCUGUUUCCUCCGAUGGAGGUCGCUGUGCCACAAGGCCAAGGCUCCCUGCAGGUUGUCUUUCUUGCGUCUGGCGAGCCUAAUCCAUUCGCCCUCGCCGACGACCCAGGUUGUCUUUCUUGCGUCUGGCGAGCCCUUCGCCCUCGCCGACGACCCAAAUCUCACGCCCGCGAUGGAGGUCGAUGUGUCGCAAGGCCAAAGCCCCCUGCAGAUUAUCGUUCUUGCUCCUGACGAGCCUAAUCCCUUCGCCGUCGCCGACGACCCGGACGUCUCGCCCGCUUGGGUAUCGAUGCGGGAGUAUCUCCCCUGGGUGUCAACAACCCCAGACACCGAUGGUCACCGCAGCAGCAAGCGUGCUCGCGUCGCCGCCGCCAGCGAGGCCAUCCUGCCGGAGGUGUCGGGUCGCUCUCGCGAGGGGGAGGAGUGCGCCAUCUGCCUGCAGGAGUUCGUCGCCGAGGAGACGCUGAGGGCGAUGCCCUGCUCCCACGCCUUCCACCGCCACUGCAUCUCCAAGUGGCUCUGCCAUAAAGCCACCUGCCCUCUCUGUCGCCACCAGCUACCCGCCACUCCGGAGCCCGAGGAGGACGACGACGCGAUUGAAUGAGUGGACGGCGCCAUCGGAAGCAAUUGAGCUUGCCGGCCUACCCACCGGAGAAGAAGAGAGGAGAGGUGGAUGUUGUAAUACAAAGAGAAAUUAAAUUUAACAGGCGGCUUGUUUGUCGUCUUCAGUUCAAAGCCUGAAAUUCAGGCUUGUGCAAGCAUCA